AUGGAGGAGGAUACGCCUUGGAAUGGCAUCGAAAAUGGGAUUGAUGACCCGGAGGAGCUUCAAGUCAUCUACCGUACCUUGGAUUCUUACCAACAAUAUGCUAAGGUUGCUCACUUUCAAUGCACGCACCUACGCCGACAAGCCUUCUACGCUUUACCUCAGACUCACUGGCAGAGGCUAGCAUCACCCCCAUUCAACUAUCUGAACACUCUUGAUAAGAUAGACGAUGCGAUCGAGUGUAACGCCGAACUGGCCCGGGUCAUUUUCAAGAGAGGCCUUGAGAUGUUUCGGGUUGGGGUUCCUUCUCACACCGGAGACCUGAUGUUGCCGCCGCAAUGGAACGGCUCAGCAAAACCCACCGACAUUGAUAAGGCCCGCAGCACCAUCCGGCAGUUCUAUCGUGACUGGUCUGCCGACGGGGCCGGUGAACGAGACGCUUCCUUCGGCCCGGUGAUGCGCGCAAUAGCGGCCGAGAAGGACGCCAGGGGUGCGGACCACCCCCGGCUCAAAGUCCUCGUCCCCGGGGCGGGUCUCGGCCGGUUUGUCUUUGAAUUGUGUCUGAACGGGUACGAGGCGGAGGGAAACGAAAUAUCUUACCAUCAGCUGCUGGCAUCUUCAUACAUACUGAACUGCUGCCAACGUGCUGGCCAGCAUACCAUCUACCCCUGGAUUCAUACGUUUUCGAAUCACAAGUCCCGGGCAAGCCACCUACGCAACUAUCCAGUUCCAGAUUUGCACUGUGCUACGGCGCUCGCGGAAGCGGAACAAACAAACCAAGUGGGCUCUAUGAGUAUGAGCGCUGCCGACUUUCUGUGCCUGUACAACGAGGAGGAGAGAGCGGAAGCAUAUGACGUGGUCGCCACAGUCUUCUUUCUCGACACAGCGCCCAAUCUUAUCCGCUACCUUGAGACAAUCUUCCAUUGUCUGAAAGCUGGGGGGAUUCUGGUCAACAUUGGACCGUUGUUAUGGCAUUUUGAAGGGCGCGUCUGGGACCGGGAUGAACAUGAUGAGAGCGAGGGUGAACACAGUCACGAUACCUCCGGAAUAGCGGACCCCGGCAACUUUGAGUUGACGGAUGAGGAGGUCAUGGCGUUGGUAACCGAGGUGGGAUUCGAGGUCGAAUCAAGAGAGACGGACCUCGAGGCGCCGUACAUAGUUGAUAAGGAGUCCAUGCUGCAAACGACGUAUAGGGCUAGCACCUGGGUGGCUCGUAAGCCGGCGACAGCGUCACCCGGGCGACUGUAA